GAGAUAUUCAACUCCGGUACAAUGGCUCUGCGUUGGACAAGGAUUGUUCACGGGAACCUGUCGGAGGCUUCCAAUGUUACCCUGAAGCCCUUCUAAGAAGGUCUUUGACCGUGGGGGCUGGUGGUCGCUUCUUUGCCUUCGCGGCUUCCUGCUGACGCAUACAGCAACCAUGGCUCCCUUCACGAACCUGUUCAUUGACGGUGAAUGGCGCCCUUCCAGUGAUCAGGGCACGUUCGAGGUGCGCAACCCGUACUCGAACGCUGUCGUAGGCACCGCUGCCUCCGCGACGUUGGACGACUGCAAGGAUGCCGUGGAAGCGGCUGGAAGAGCCUUCAAGUCAUGGGAGCACACGUCGUUUGCGGAGCGACGAAACAUUCUCCUGAAGGCCGCUGAUAUUUUUGCGACUGAGAAGGUCAGGAAGAAGAUCGUCCACACGAUGACGGAAGAAACGGCUGCCGUGCAAGAGUUCGCGGGGAUCAAUGCUUUCGUUCCUACGGAACAGCUGCAGCACGUAGCUGGUCUCGUAAAUGACCUGAAAGGCGAAUCGUUCCCUUCACGAGUCGCUGGCGGGCAUGUUAUAGCUCAGCGGCGCGCAAUGGGAGUUGUUUACUCUAUCGCGCCAUGGAAUGCGCCAAUCAUUCUCACCGUACGCGCUGUGGCAUUCCCUAUCAUUUGCGGCAACACCGUGGUGCUCAAGUCUUCGGAGUAUUCGCCAAGAACCCAGGCCAUCGUUGUGGAAGUGUUCGAGGAGGCCGGACUGCCCAGGGGCGUCUUGAACUUCGUUUCGUCCUCCCGGGAGCAGGCAGCAGCUGUGACAUCGAAUAUCAUCGGCCAUCCACUGGUUCGUAAGAUCACAUUUACAGGCAGCGACGUAGUUGGUAGAAAGAUAGCCACGGAGGCGGCCAAGUACCUUAAGCCUUGCGUGUUUGAACUUGGAGGGAAGUCUCCUGCGGUGGUUCUUAAAGAUGCGAACCUGGAGGAAGCCGCUCGCGCAAUCAUCUUUGGCUCGAUGUUCAACUCGGGGCAGAUAUGCAUGUCCACCGAGCGCGUCAUCGUGCAGAAGCCCGUCGCUAAGCCCCUUCUCGAGGCCAUCACGAACGUUGCCGCGAAGUUGAAGGCUGGAGAUCCCUCCUCCGACGCGAGCGCCAAGCUGUCCGCUUUGUUCGAUGCCGGUUCGGCGCAGAAUAUCGUCAACAUGAUAAGUGAGGCGAAAGCGGAGGGAGCGACUGUGUUGUUGGGUGAUGCUAAGAACGUCGGGGCGGUCGUUCAGCCGCACGUGGUGACAGGUGUCAAGCCCGGGAUGAGGUUAUGGGAUAGGGAGUCGUUCGGACCUGUUCUGGUGUUCGCAGAAGCGGAGACUGUCGAUGAAUUGGUGGACCUCGCCAACGCGUCGGACUAUACAUUGGUGGCUUCCGUUUGGACCAAGGACAUCAAUACGGCGUUGGACGUUGCAGGCCGUAUUAGAGCAGGUUGUACGAGCGUCAACGGGCCUACGUUUCAUACCGAAGAGCUGCGCGGAGAUACCGGUUUGGGCGGGGCAACUGGCUAUGGGCAGUUCGACGUUGCCAACUUCACAGACGUGCGCAUGAUCGUCGUCCACCCUGCGCACCGUGAAUACCCCCUGGUUGGCUGAACGCGAUGUUGAGCGUCCCUGGACCAUCUUAGCACAUCGGACAGGUGGCGCUGUUGUUCUGGCCGAUCGUGGUUUCGUGCAGGGUCCGUAUAGGCAACACCAGUACUGAUUAAAUAUGAAAUCCAUACC